CGUCGGGCAGCGAGCGAGUGUCGGAGUGAGGGCCUGCUUCGGGAUCGGUUGUGGAGUCCAGUAAAGCUCCCUUUCCGCGAUUAGGGGACCUCUCAACCCCCCCUCCUAACAGGCCUCUCGAGGGCUAGUGUGGGUUUUCUGCCGUGGUGGGAGGAAGGAAGGAACUCCUCCCCCUCCCCACCCCCAAGUAAAGUUGAUGCCUUUGUUUGAGGAAACAAACUUAGGCCAACACUCCUUUCCAGGGUCUAUUCGCUACUUGACACAGACGUAUAUAUAUCUGCGCUUCUGUCGCUGUUCCUCAGGCCUGGUUCUAGUCACAGGGCUUUUUAGUGUUUAAGAUAGCGUGACAGGUCUGAUUGUUUUCCGAGGCAAGAUUUCAUUUGUAUUUCCUUUCAUUAUAAAGCUGGUGUUAAGAAAUUAAAGAAUUUCAGAAGAAUUCCAAGGUGGUGGUUCUCCCUAGCCCCCAUAUGGCAGAUUUGAAGAUGGAGAGAGUGUGUAUACGAGAUGCUAGUUAAUUUGUCCCGAAAAAACUAGCAGUCACCACGUGGAUCAGCAUUGCUUUAGGAAGAGGUAAACCAAGAUUACAUUUUCAAGAUGGAAAGCCCAUCCGACUCAGCUGUGAUUUUACCUAGCACUCCGCAGGACUGUGCCAGUACACCCUCUUCCCGUACAAGUAGUUCAAGAAAACAACCUAUGAGCGCAACACUUAGAGAACGAUUAAGGAAAACUAGAUCUUCAUUUAAUUCCUGUGAUAGUGUGGUAAAACGUCUUAAAGUAGAGAAUGAAGAAAAUGAUCAGACCUUUUACAAGAAACCAUCUUCAACAGAAGAAAACUGUUUGGAAUUUCAGGAACAUUUUAAACACACAGACAGUGAAUGUGAAAGUACAUAUUUUAAAAAUACCUUAAAGAAUAUCAGUGCAUGUGAAUCUCAGUCACUUGAUACUAAGUCAUGCAGUGAUCUCCAAAGUGACUUUGCGAAGGAGGAUCUUCCCAACCAGGAAUUAAGUGAAGAAAGAGCAAAAUUGGUGAAACAGAUUGAGGAGAAAGAGGACCUUCUUCGGAGGCUAAAACUGGUCAAAAUGUAUAGAUCAAAGAAUGACCUGUCUCAGUUACAGUUGUUAAUACAGAAGUGGAGAAGCUGUAGCCAGCUGUUGCUGUAUGAGUUGCAGUCGGCUCUGUGUGAGGAGAACAAGAAACUCACCCUGACUCAGUUGAUAGACCACUGUGGGUUAGAUGACAAAUUGCUACACUAUAACAGAAAUGAAGAAGAAUUUAUGGGUGUUUAAUUCACAGUUUUUUCCCCAGAGUAUUUUUGAGAAUGCCCAUUUAAAAGAUACUUCAUACAUUCAUUUUAAGGGGAAGGUAGAAAGCAUUAUGGCUUAGAGAAAAGUAUCUUGAUAAAUAUCAAUUUAGAGCACUCUGUUAUAUAAAUCUAAAAUAAGUUCUAAAAUGAAAAUUUAGCAUUUUGGAUAAAUUUGCCAAAGAUAAUGACAUUUAAAGAAACAUGAAAUGAAAAAAAAGUAAAUCACGUUUAAAAAAAUAACGGGAAUUUCUGGAAGUCAAUUUUCACACAUUGUUUUGUUGUAUGAAAAAGUUUUGUUUUAAAUGUUAAGAAAUAGUUCAUUCUGGUGAAUGUCAAAACCUAAAGUGGUCUAAAACAUGCAUGCCUGUCUCCUAAGUUUAUGAACCUUGUUUCCAUCCAUUUGCCACAUAUUUCCAUCUGGAUUGUAUACCACAUAAUUAAACUUGUUCAUAUGUCCAAAUAUUA